AUGUCUCGGUUUUCACGCUAUGACACCGACGAAGAGCGCCUCCCAGAGGGCAUGCAGAGAGUCGGCUACGAUGCUGACAGCCAGGUCUACACGUUCCGCGACGCCGAUGGAAGCUACUGGGAGAGCGCACCAGGCAACCAAUACGGCCACCUCACCAAAGUCGGCGAAGCGCGUCCCGAUGGACAAGAGACCGAGACCUUCCUCAUGACAAGCCCGCAGCACCAACCGAAGUUGUCGUGGUUUACCGAGAUGAAGCCCUUUCUCAACUUCCUCAUGCUCGUCAUUCUGUCCCUGGUCCUGCUCUGCUGGUUCCUGGGCCGCAAGGCUUCGCCUGAAGAACGCAUCCCUAUCCCGGAUUGUCCUGAGGGUACUGUGCCGUAUGCGGUUGAACAGGGCGAUACUUGCUGGGAGAUUGCCAAGAAGAAUGGUGUGACCGUUGAUGACCUUCUCAAAAAGAAUGCGGACCUUGACUGCGAGGCGAUGAUGAUCGAUGAUCGGAUUUGUGUACCAGGCAAGAAGAGCGUUGAUUGA